AUGUCGCUUCAAAGAUUCGGAAGGCGACCCCUGGUUGGAUUUGCCGCUCAAUCUUCAUCACUUACCACCCGACUCUUCUCCGUCUCGACCGCAUUCCGAAAUGCCCCCGUUUCCACCCCCGGGACAACGCCAAAGAAGCCUCAUACCAUCGAUCCACGAUGGUUGACCAUGACCAAGCGAAGAAUUGGCAGAUGCAUGAUGUUCGGCUUAAAGCCCCCGCAGAUUCAAGAAGCCGGGGAGAUCCUACAGCAGAUUGCAAGGGAUUGGCGAGAAUUGAUCGCUGGCAGCGAAGGCUAUUUGACAGAUGAGACACGAAGGGGGCUAUUCCAACAGAGCGUUGCGUGGGGAGAGAUGGACAGCAUGGUAAGCCAGGAACUUCUUUCAAGCAACAAGUGA